UAUGCCGUUUUUGGAUGCCAAACGUAAGAGACGGGAGGCGUUUGUGAGGGAUCAGAGAAAGUGCCUGAGCCGGAUUCCAAAUAAUAUAAUGCAGGAAAUUUUGCGUAUGCGCGCUUUGGAGGGCUCGGGCGAUGAAAUAGACGUGGAAAUGCCGAUUCGGAUAAUGCGAUGGCUUCAACGGUGGUGGAAUAAUAUGGAGGAUCAGCGUCGACGACCGGAACAAGAGCGUUUCUACCGCAAAAAAUCGUGGACUCUCAUGAGAGCUGCCGACCCAGGAAGUAUGCCCAUAAAAAUGAACGGUCAUUUCCGCGCCUUGCACGGAUACAACAACGUCAACAAGAAAAAGAUCUGUAACAUUCUGAGAAUUAUUGACCACAACGUGGAAGCUCGCACCUUUUGGGAGCAAAAAGUGAAAACCAGGGCUCUUAGCGUGUACUUUUUCGUGCCCGAUGACAAAAAGCAACGCAUACAGGCCCAGAAUUGGCAUAAGAAGCUUCUGUAUAAUAGGUCGGUGGGAAUUGCCACUGCGGUGUGUCGUGAACGAUACUCCCUCUAUUUGAUGCCAAUGGAACCAGGAAAAUGGUAUAGCCAUGCCCUAAGAUGUGUAAACACCUCGGGACCGCGUCGUUUUCGCGUCCUAAAGAAAUGCCUUGCAUUGGUGAUGUUCCUUAAAACACUAACACAUGUUCAAUAAAAAAUUUAAAUUUAA